GCCAUUUUGAAUUCUUUUCAAAGGUGGUUGUCAAUGUAAACGAUGAACGUCGAGAUUAUCUAGAUUCGCUUUUCAUCGGAUUUUCACAUGUGAAAUUACCUAGGCUUGCAGAAAUCUGAUAGAUUGAUCCAGCCAUGGCUUCUAAACCUUUCAAUACAUCGGCUAAGGAGCCGAUGUCGGUCAAGCUCAGAGGGCUAAAUGCUUCAAAAAGUGUAACACGUCAGCUGGAGAUUGACAGUCGUAGAAUGGAAGAACGGCUGAGAGAGCUGAAGGUUGCUAUGAACAGAGAAAAGCAAGAAAGAGAGAGGCAGGGGAGUGCCGGUUCAGGUGGUAUAUGGUCAUCAGCGAAGACAACAGCACCGGUCAAUGAUGUCAUCAAGAAAAAGAGUCCAACAAAACCUUCCAAACCGGGAGAAAACAAGGUCAGAAAAAUAAAGGUUCUAAAGGAUACACCUAUUGAGUUACCAAAGAGAGCCCCAAAGAAAACUCAACCAGCCCUAAACUCUGUGAGGAAGUCAUUCUCUGGACCACCUUGUGGCCAAUGUGAAGAAAAAGCAGUAGCAUUGACUUGCAUGGAAUGUGGAGAGAAUUACUGUGCAGGAUGCUUUGCCAAGUUUCACCUCAAGGGGGCGCUCCGUCAGCAUCGUUCCAUCCCUUUCCAAUCCGGUAGCAAUGAAAAUUCACCACACAGUAGUUUGGAAGCAAGUUCCAAUUCCCAGCCUGGUUCUAUCAAACAAACAGUUCCCAAGACAAGUUCAGGAGCAGACAGUCAUUCUAACCAACCUGGUAGGAUCAUCAUUGCAAAGACUACACCACCAAAGAACCCUUCCCCUAAACCUGCUAAUUCAGCUUUCGAUGGGGAGUACAAUGAAGAAGAAAGCGCUGCUUCCUUUGCUGCUGCACUUGCUGAAUGGAGGCAAGCGAAGAAAGGGGGUCAGCAAAAUGGCAUUGCUGGCCAGACUGCCAAGAAAGAUGUGCAUGACAUGGGCAGCGGAACGGCAGCUGCGAUCGAUGAGGACAAGAUCCCGGUAGAGAUCAGCUUCCAGGAUAAUUCAUCAAUGAGCUACGCUGACAGACUCCUUCUGAAGAAACACAGACGCACCGACCUUCCACCUGCCUUGAGCCCAUCCCCGAGUCAACUGGCAAAUCAUUACUUACCUAGGGAGACUCAUUCCAGAAUCAGUGAUAGUGAUUUGACCAAUGGGCACAUUGACCCCUCAGAGGAGGAAUUAGAGAUGGAAGAGGAACAUCAACGUUACGCAAAUAUUUUCAUCAAAGAAUCACCCCGAGAAGAAAUGGUACGACCCAGUAGCACUCUCACAAUCAUGGAGAUCACAGACGAGGGUCCCUUUGUGGAGAAAGAUCUUGAAGUCCAAUCUGUUUACAGCGUUCAGGAAUGGGAUUCCGUCAUCAACGCUCCAUCACCGCAUGUCCAGGUGAUGACACCAGAUAACAAUAACUCUGAAAUCAAACUCACAGAUUCAAGCACGAAGGGGGACAAGCCGAAGGUGAUGCCUUCGGGAAAAGGAUCAAGGAUUGAUGACAGAGUGUCAGGGAGUGCUGCAAAGUCCGCAGUCGGGAAGGAUCAUGAAAAACAAACUCCGUCCAGGAAUUCAUCAAGGAAUACUGUCCGGUCAGCAUCUAAGGCCGGUCCUGGCAGCGGGAAGCAGAUUGCUCAAGGAAGACCUGGCUCCAAGACCAGUUCUGCUUUGAGCAGUCAACGAGAAAGCACGAUCCAGAAAAAUAGACCGGAAAGUAUGGUCAAUGGGAGUCAGUCCUCCAAAGAGCGUCAGUCUUCUGCAGGAGUUGGGAAACAGAAAGGACAGGAAGAUUCUCAAGGCAGGCGAUCAGCAACAGAAAGGCCACCUUCUACAGGCAUCACCACAUUGCCCUCUAAGGAACUCCGGGAGAUUGGUAGGAUGCGCUCUGGCUUGCAGCAUCAGCAGGGCUAUCAGGAUGGACUGGGAUCAUUCUUCAUGGGUGGUGUAGAAGUCAAAGACAAGGAAAGUUCUGGUGGAAGUCAAGCAGAGCCAGUGAGAAUGAACACACCUACUAAUGUACUACCUGAAUGUUCCUAUAAAGGUCCAUCAACCUGGAGACCCGAUAGCAGUAUGUCCAAUCACCCUGAUCAGCCUGCCACAGUUCUUUCCCCAUCACCUCCAAAACAAGCCAGAGACAACAAGUCAUCCAGCAUGUCUGGAAGGAAACGAUCGUCUCUUCCCUCAGCAACGGGGGCAGCAUCACCCACGAAAGCAAACACCUCAUCUUCCUCUUCGAGCAACCGAUCCGCCCCAACUGGCACUCCCAGAGCGAUGUCAAGCAAGCCACGAAGCAGCAUCCAAGAACGGACACCUAGAACAUCCGCAGGAAUGGUCCAACGAAAAGCAGGUGCUUCGGAUGUUGACAAUACUCUCCACUGGAGACUCAGUCAGGCUGACAAGGCGAAAGGAUCCAAGGUGGCGCCAAGGAAGACAGCUACCGGAGACCACUCAGCAUCGUCUAGUGCGUCCAGUAUGCCUCCGAGGAGUAGCAGUCGUAUCGAGGUCGAUGGUGACGACAUGACGGGGUAUGAUGACGAUGGGUAUGUGAGAAGGAGAGAGGAAGAAGACCAUAAUGCCUUGGAACAACUCACUUGGGAACUAGCCUCUAACGAAGGCAGAAUUACAGCUGAUGGGCGCAUCUCUAGCCUAAGCCUCAUCGAGGGUCUCGAUGAAAACCUUCUACUCAUGGCCGAAGAGGACCAGGACCGGGCUCUAGGAAUCACACAGGAUGAUGGACUAGGGUCUGGUCUAAGCACUCCCUGCAAUGAUCUUUCCUUGGACCAACUCAGUGAGGAGGAACUGCAGUCAGACUUUGUGGUCGCUGCGGAUAACCAACGGUAUAAAGAAGAAGUGCAAGCUCUGAAUGGUUAGGAGUAGUCUUCUUGCAUUUAACAACGUGUUCUUUUAAAGGAAACCAAAACACAAUCAAUCUUAUCAGAAAGAAUAAAAUCAGAGGAGCAAUCUAAAACUUGUUUCAUCAAAAUCGGUUAUUGAAUAAGCGAGUUAUGGAAGUUUGGAAAGUCUUUUUGUACUUUGUAUGGGAUCCUCAAAUUGGCAAACAUGCUUCAAAAUCACUGAUUUUGUGGACAACUCUCCAUUUGUUGUGUACACAAAUUU